AUAUCUAAAAAAACGAACAGAGCAGAGCAGACCACAUUAUAAGGUUCAUACAUAUCAUGUGAGCUUUCGUUUUGGGGUGUGCUUAAAUUUGUUGUCAGACAAAAAAAGAAAAGUGUUUUGGUUCCUCAUCUUGUCUUACUGUGCUAGUAGCUUUGUGUAGUAAUAUUUGUAAUAAAUUCGAUUUCGGCAGCCCACUCUCUUUUAUUAUUGUCCGUUUAUAUAUAUAUAUACACACAUACACAUAUAGCUAGUGGAGGUGCAAGUAUCAUAACAGUUAUAUGCUUUUAUGAAUACAAGUAUAUAUAGCUUUUCUCUUCUGGUUCUCCUCUUACGUGCGUAGCUUGCUUUCUUAUUAAUUGUUAAUAAUUAGAGGAGAGUUCGUUAGAGUAGUGGUGGGUCAAGUGUUGUUGAGUUAUUCUUCUUCUUAUUAUUAUUAUUUUAAUUUCUUGGUAGGGUUUUCAAAUAUCAGUUUUUAAAGGCUGUAUAUAUAUAUAUGGCUAGUGUUGGUUUUUCUUCUUCUUCUUCUUCUGGUUCUUCAAUGUCGUGUUUAAUGGAAAAUGGAGAUCAGUUGCCGCAUGUGUUGGCCGUAGAUGAUAAUCUUAUAGACCGCAAACUCAUCGAAAAGCUGCUCCAGAACUCUUCUUGCAAAGUAACUACUGCAGAAAAUGGGGCUAGAGCUUUGGAGUUCUUGGGCCUGGGAGAUCGUGGUAGACUCAACUCCCUGGAAGGCAAUAUCUCAAAGGUGAACUUGAUAAUUACAGAUUAUUGUAUGCCAGGAAUGACUGGGUAUGACCUACUUAAGAAAAUCAAGGAAUCGUCAGUGAUGAAGGAGGUUCCUGUGGUUAUUAUGUCAUCCGAAAAUGUCCCAACUCGUAUUAACAAGUGCUUAGAGGAAGGAGCCCAAAUGUUCAUGUUAAAGCCCCUAAAGCAAUCUGACAUAAAGAGACUGAGAUGUCAUUUGGUGAAUUCCAGAGGCUAAAAACAGAAGCACGUGACAAACUGGAGGAAACCAUAGGAAUUUGCUUUUCAUUCUCACUAUGUUUGUGCUAGACUUUUAAUUUAGAAUUUUACCUUCACAUUUAUUUUUAUGUGCAUCAAGAAUUUAAUCAUCAAUCUCACACCUUUUUUUUUUGUCCUGUUUCUGUAGAUUAUGCACUUGAGUUUAUUAUUUAAUUACUGUUUUCAGCCACAAAAUGUAAAUGUAAGUUCGGAAGUUGAAUUUUAGGGAGGAAAAAAAAUGUAUUUCAAAAGA